CGCCAAUAUCUCUCCAAAACCGAUGGCUGUCCGAGUCCACCAGCAAUGAAUUAGCAAUCUUUAUCGGAUACAAUACAAGCCCUAAUGUUUUGAAACAGACGCCCGAUUUUGCGGCAGUAUUUAAACAGUGUUCUCCAUCUUUCGUUGCUCAUUCGUCUUUCCUUCAUUAUCCUUUCCGAGCUUCAAGUUCAUUGCGGCGUGAUAGCCACUACUUCCUGGGUCUCGGCUAACGUUUAAACUUGGUCCAUCCUGGCUCUACAUUUUGCCCAUUUAUUGCGGAAUCUUUCAUAUGCCAGUCUACUGAUACUCAGUUCAUCAGACAGCAGCUACGAACUCGCUUGCCAAUGCCAUUGCCAUUAGUGUUAUCGACAGAUCAAAUCUACUUCGAUGAAAGGGGUACCCAUCUCGCAUCUCGGUAUGACCAUGACUCAAUCGCUGACUCUAAAUAUUCUUCCAGCGCAUUCCUACCUUCCGACGAAAGGAGGAUAAACAUCGGACAUCAUCAUGACCAUGGAGUCGAAGGUUGCCUGUAUGAUGCUUCACGUUUCAGGCUUCCUUCGAUCAUUAAUCACGGACUCGGAACAAUGCGAUCCGAACCUCAAGACAAUAUUGGGUACUCCGAAUCUCCCGGACGCAAGAGAGCAGUCUGUAUUGGUAUCAACUAUCUUGGACAAGGCGAUGAAUUACAUGGCUGCAUACUGGAUGCCAGGAAUAUUCGCGAUUUCUUGAUACGUCGAUAUUGUCAUGGAUAUAAGACUGACGAUAUUAGAAUGCUUACAGACGAUACGGAGACGAAGCCAACAAAAAAAAAUAUAAUUGCGGCUAUGUCCUGGCUUGUGCAGGGUGCGGGGCCAGCAGAUUCGCUGUUCUUUCAUUAUUCUGGACACGGGGACCAGACUGACGACCAGAAUGGCGAUGAGGUCGAUGGGAAAGAUGAAGAGAUCAUUUGUUUCGACUCGGCUCCAUUUAUUGACGAUGACAUACAUAAAGUAUUGGUUGAUCCUCUACCUCCUGGUUGCAAGCUUACGGCUCUGUUCGAUAGUUGUCAUUCCGGGACGAUUUUGGAUCUACCUUAUAUUUAUGACUCCCAUGGUCGACCACGGCGCGAGUGUACGUUGCCGGGAACAGAUUCUUUAGCAAAUGUGAUAUGCUGGUCUGGCGCUAAGGACGACCAGCAAUGCUUCGACUCAACCCAAGGAGGUGUCAUGACGCAGGCAUUCAUAAAGUCUCUCGAAGAAAAACCGAAGCAGUCAUACAGAGGACUCCUUCAUUCUAUGAGGAAGAUCGUCGAGCGUAGGCAUCCUAACCAGAACCUUCAGCUAACAUCUUCUCGCCAAAUGGACACUAAUAUGGAGUUUAUUUUUUGAGGUUAUGGUACCAAAAAGAGAUCUGCUGACUUAUUGCCGUCUACCUGUCAUCGACAAAAUGAUUGUACAGUGAAUUUUCUUAUACAUUCUCGUAGUUAUAUGAUACCUACAGCAUAAUGAUACAGCCUUGUAAAGGCGUCCGACAUUGGAGCGUUCCAGAAACUGUGAAUACCAAGCGCAGUUAAUC